AUUUCGUUCACAGAAGAGUGGAAAUAAAACAGAGAACGUCCAACAGCUUUUGGCAUCCUCUCUCUCUCUCUCUCUCUCUCUCUCUCUCAAAACCCUAGAAAAGAACUGAUUUUCUUCAUUUGAGGUAAGUCCAAUCUAAAGAACUGAUUUUCUUCAUUUGAGGGUCUGAGGUUGGAUUUAGCAAGGAGAUAUGAGUGUUCGUUGGCCUUCUACUUGUGUUCUGUUUUAUGCACUGUUUGUACUGUGCGCUUUGUGUCGGAGCUUUGUUUCUGGAGAAGGGGCAAACCAGACUGCAAAACUAAUAGUAGAUGCUUCGGGACAAUUGGGCCGGCCAAUCCCUGAAACAUUGUUUGGCAUAUUCUUCGAGGAGAUCAACCAUGCAGGGGCUGGUGGGUUAUGGGCAGAGCUUGUAAGCAACAGAGGUUUUGAAGCUGGGGGCCCUAACACUCCGUCGAACAUCGACCCUUGGUCCAUAAUUGGAAGUGAGUCAUCAAUAGUUGUAUCAACCGACCGUUCAUCAUGUUUCAGUCGUAACAAGGUUGCACUUCGAAUGGAUGUUCUGUGUGAUAGUGAGGGCUCUAAUACCUGUCCACCUGGUGGAGUUGGAAUAUAUAAUCCUGGGUACUGGGGCAUGAAUAUCGAACAAGGGAAAACAUAUAAAGUGGUUCUUCAUGUCCAGUCGCUGGAAUCAGUGAACUUGUCCGUUUCAUUGGCAAGCUCAGAUGGAUUGCAAGAACUGGCUACUGGAUAUAUUAUAGCUUCUGCCUCAGAUGUUUCCAACUGGACAAAAGUGGAGCUUGUGUUAGAAGCCAAACAAACAGAUCAUAAUGCAAGACUUCAAUUAACUACUACCAAAAAAGGAGUGAUUUGGUUUGACCAAGUAUCAGCUAUGCCUGUGGACACACACAAAGGACAUGGUUUCCGGAAAGAGCUUUUUUCCAUGCUUGCAGAUCUAAAACCUCAGUUUCUUAGAUUUCCAGGUGGUUGUUUUGUUGAAGGCGAGUGGCUAAGAAAUGCAUUUCGUUGGAGAGAAAACAUUGGUCCAUGGGAAGAAAGGCCUGGUCACUUUGGUGAUGUUUGGAUGUACUGGACGGAUGAUGGACUCGGAUACUAUGAAUUUCUUCAACUUGCAGAGGACCUAGGUGCACGGCCAAUAUGGGUAUUCAAUAAUGGAAUCAGCCAUAAUGAUCAGGUGGCUACUUCCAGCAUCUCGCCGUUUGUUCAGGACGUUCUUGAUAGUAUUGAGUUUGCUAGAGGGGAUCCUAAUUCGAAGUGGGGUUCUGUUCGAGCAGAAAUGGGACACCCAGAACCAUUCCAGUUGAGAUAUGUUGCAAUUGGAAAUGAGGAUUGUGGGAAAAAGAAUUAUCGAGGAAAUUAUGUCAAGUUCUAUAAUGCUAUAAAAGAUGCCUACCCGGACAUCCAGAUAAUCUCAAACUGUGAUGGGUCUUCUCGCCAAUUGGACCAUCCAGCUGAUAUGUAUGAUUAUCAUAUUUAUACCUCUGCAAACAACAUGUUUUCCAAGUCUCAUCAAUUUGAUCAGACGACACGCACUAACAAUGGCCCAAAGGCUUUUGUGAGUGAGUAUGCUGUGACUGGAAAAGAUGCUGGCACUGGAAGUCUUUUGGCAGCACUGGCAGAAGCUGGAUUCCUUAUUGGAUUGGAAUGGAACAGUGAUAUUGUUCAUAUGGCAAGCUAUGCACCACUUUUUGUCAACAGCAAUGAUCGCAGGUGGAAUCCGGAUGCCAUUGUCUUCAAUUCAUGGCAGCAGUACGGAACUCCUAGCUACUGGGUGCAACAGUUUUUCAAGGAAUCAAGUGGUGCAACCCUUCAUCCUGCCAUACUCCAAUCAAAUUCCUCCAAUUCUUUGAUCGCAUCUGCAAUUACUUGGCAAAGUUCGGAGGAUGACAGCUAUUAUCUAAGAAUAAAGAUUGUCAACUUCGGGAGUAACACCGUGUAUCUUAAGAUCUCCAUUGAUGGAUUGGACGCUAACUCCAUCAGCUCCUUCGGGUCAACAAAGAUCGAACUCACAUCCAAUUAUGUAAUGGAUGAGAAUUCCUUCAAAGAGCCAAAUAAGAUAGUGCCAGCUCCAAGCACCCUUGAAAGUGCAGGAACAGACAUGGACGUCGUACUCAAACCACAUUCCUUCACAGCAUUCGAUGUAUCGCUCCUUCCGGCCAUACUUCCGGUAUAUAAAUCAUCUAUUUAAAACUAAAAAGAAAUCAGUGUUAGUAACAAUACACAAGGAAAAGCUGGCAGGUAAUUAUGAUGUAUGGCUUCGAUGAGUUCCAGUCGGCAGUUUGGAUGGCCCAUCUGUUUGAUUGGUAUCAUUUGUUCUAAUAAAAGGAAGAUUAGCCCAGCUUGUAAAUUA